GUAGGAUCAUGGGUAGUGAGAGCUGAGCUCAGCUGGCUCGGCCUUGGACUUGGCAGCAGAUGGUCUCCCUCUCAGAGUCAGGCGUCAGCUGUUCGCAUGAGCACAGGUCGGACUGAGCCUGAGCCACGGUUCACAGAGGAAACCGCACGGAGUCCUGACCAACUCCUGUUUGCUCGCUCCCUGUUGGCUUUUCUGGGAUUUGACAAACUGCAACUGAGGAUUUGGUUUUUGGUUGUUUGUUUGUUUCUCUGUGGCCUUGUUUGCUCUCUGUGAAGAUGUGCCUCAUUCCAGGUGCACAACAGGAAACAGUUUGGUACAAGUUCUUCGCUCAGGAGCUUCCUCCUUCUCUGGACACCCCACGCAGAACGUUCUAGUUUCCCCCCACUGAAUGAACAAAGGAGGAUUCACGUCCAGAGCAACCACACGACAACAGAGGCAAUAAUCCUCCAAGAUGGCAGUCACGUCACUCUAUGUUACUGAGGAGCCAGGAGCUGGCUUAGCUGAGGUGGACAUAUGUACACUUGAGAUUAAUAUCAAGUAUGAAGUCAUCCCAUCUAUUGUCUGCUCUGUUUGCUUCUCACUGGGCCUCACCUACUGCUUCAUCGGGUACCGCUGCUUCAAGAUGGUCAUGUUCUUCUCUGGCUUCAUGUUCAGCACUGCAGCCAUACUGCUGCUGUACCAUCAGGAGCCUGUGUUGGACGCCCACCUGGGGACAGAGACAAAGGCAGGGAUCGGCCUUGGCGUGGGUGUGCUCUGUGGGCUGAUGACCAUGUUGGUGUCCACCAUGGGGCUUCUCCUCAGCGGCCUGCAGCUGGGGAGCCUGCUCUCCCUCGCCAUCCUGGUGGUUAUCGGACAGUUUCACAGCCUGACUCCGGUGUGGGUGCCGCUCAGCGCCGUCCUGGCCGCCAGCGUCGUGGCUGCCGUCUUCACGCUUCAGUGGCAGAAACUGUUCACUGUCAUCUACACGUCUGUGUUUGGAGCAGCCACUCUGACGCUGUGUGUGGAUUAUGUGCUGGGUCCGUUUGUGCUGCCACAUCAGGUGUAUGAUAUGCUUUGCCAAGUUGCCCCACGUCCACUCUGCUGGAUUAACUGGGUGAUCACUGGAAUAUGGCCUGUUAUGAGUCUAAUAGGUGUGCUGGUGCAGUGGAGACUUACUGCCAAGGGAGUAUCACACAGACAAGCUGUUCACAAAAAACAGAAGAAAUAUGCCAAGAAGCAUAGAUAUAGAGAGUCAAGGAGAAGACCCCAAACGCAUCGUCGGCGCAGACCUCCACCGCUGAAACGCUACGCUGGGGACGUCCUGGCACCAAGUUAUCUCCAGAGACUCCAGGAGCACCAGAUGGGAACAGGAUCAUCCACCAGCAGCAUCAGCACCGUCACACAUACUCUGAUUGACUUUGACUUUGAGACGGGCUCCAUGGUGCCUCUGACUGCUGCCUCUCCAGUCUUUACAGUCUGAAGGAACACGCAGCAACAAAUACCUGCUAAACUGACAAAUAAACAUCCAUUUGACAUGUAUUUCAUUUAAACAGGAACAACUCAACCAUCUCUGAUGUGAAUCUACUUUGAAACAGGCUAUGUCAGGUAAUCACGAUUCGAGAUGCUUGGAGAUCAUCCUCUGAGUGAUGAGGACAAAGAAAAACACAACAUACACAGCUUUUGUGUUUCACAGCUGACUGGUUCUGUUUUACAUAACUUUUAUCCUCCAAAUACUGUGUGCCGUGUGUCUAGAUCAGUUUGGGUUUUAAUUUUGUUGAAGUUAGAUUAGAGUAAGCAUAUACAGUAUAUCAGGACAACGAAUCAAUAAACCGCUGAUUUAACAGGCCGGGGCAGAGCCAGUUACAGCAGUCACACAGCAGCACCCACAUAUAGUCUGAUAACGUGAGAUGACAUGACCAGACCAGCAAAACCACUAAGUGUGCUGCACCAAUCGAUGGCCUGUCUUAUUGUUUACUUUUUAUUUGUGGAAGAGAGACGCUGUAUUAUUUCAGCUUUACCUGAUACAAACACGCUUUAAAGGCCCAGGCUGGUUAGACGCCUCCAGAAGCCGAAGUUGAACAAAGGUCGCACACAAGUCCACACACUCAUUUAUGGAUUUAUUUCAUUUUAUUUUCUUAGUUUAUUUAUAAUUGGAUGGUUCAUUUUCAUCUGAUGUCACUGGCCAGAUGCUGAAAAUGCACCCUAGAAAUAAGAGAACUAGAUUCACCUCCUUGAGGUUGUGUGCCUCCGUGCACAGGUUGAGUCUGAGUUUGUCAGAGUCUGUCCAGACUCUCAUGAUGCGUGCAGUGACAGACGGAGAGCUUCAUCACAUGAUGCAGCGGCAGUCACUUGAAGUUCAGUAUCAGCAAAACCAAUUAACUUAUGGUGGACUACAGUGCUUCAGAUGUGGACGUUUCUGCAAGGAAGCGACAAAUGGAGGAAGGUAUUCAGCAUCUGCCCAAAUGUGAAAUAUGUUCAUAAUCUGCCCUUCUGUCCCUGAGUUUGUAUCAAUGACCAGAAAUGUGUUUUUAAAGAACAUUAUGAUGUGA